UGUUUUCUUGAAUUGCAGGUAUACUUCAAUUUCACUGAAAUCAUGCCCCGUGCAAAAGCUGAUGCUGAUAAGCCCCGUGGGCGUAUGUCAGCAUAUGCCUUCUUUGUACAGACGUGCAGGGAGGAGCAUAAGAAGAAGCACCCGAAUGAAAAUGUUGUAUUUUCAGAAUUUUCGAAGAAAUGUGCAGAGAGAUGGAAGACUAUGAAUGAGAAGGAGAAGGGUCGCUUUCAUGAAAUGGCUGCAAGAGACAAGCAGCGCUUUGACUCUGAGAUGAGCAACUACAAGAGCACAGGAAAGGGUGCUGGUGGGAGAAAGAGGAAGCGUGCAAAGGAUCCUGCUGCACCCAAAAGAGCCCUGUCGGCCUUCUUCUGGUUCUGCGCUGAUGAGCGACCAAAAGUUAGGGCAUUGAAUCCUGACUAUGCUGUUGGAGAUGUGGCAAAGGAGUUGGGGAAGAGAUGGGCUGAUGCCACGCCUGAGGUCAAGUCGAAAUACGAAGCCAUGGCUGCCAAAGACAAGGGAAGAUAUGAAAGGGAAAUGACUGCAUACCGCAAGAAGCCCAAAGCCAACUCAGCAAAUGAGGAAGGGGGUGACGAUGAUGAUGAGGAAGAAGAGGAAGAGGAUUAUGAUGAUGAUGAAGGAGAUGAGUAGAUACAGAUUUCCUUCAAGCGGUUAUUUGGGUGUCUCCUCGUGGUGAGGCUGAUGUAAAUAGUUGAAAUAUGUGACGCCGAAAGUGACAAUAUGGAGGGAGAAAUCUUAGGAGAUGGCUUCAGGACAUUUUCAACACGGCAACCUGAAUCUUAGGGAGAGGUUAUUUUUGAAGUGCGUAAUACUCACAUGUCAUCUUUCAGCUGUCACGCCGCACACUCAUCAUUCCCUCCAUGGACUCUUCAUCUUACUACUUUGAAUGGACCUAAUUUAUUUAUGAGUAAAUUGUGUCUCUCCCACUGCCUCAUGCACCACUGGAGUAGGUUUGACCGAAAUGCUGUGGGAGGCAGCCGAGGUGGCUGUGUUCCAGAGUACAAAAAAAUGUGGCUGUAGAAAGUGUGGCAUGUUGACAUUGGGUAGGCACAUGUUCCUGAACUGGAAGAUUUGAACGUAUCCAGUGGAUUCUCCAUCGUACCUUUGUCCCAUUUGAUAAGAAGAACUGUUCUUCAUCUGCUCAGUGACUGGUUCCCCUUCAUGUGAAUAAAACUCCUUUCUCAUUCCA